AUGCAUGGUAGAGAUAAGGAAGACCCAAAGGAAGGUCAGAGACCACCGUUGCUAUGCACUGAUGGCCCCAUGCAAAUUACAUCCUGGGGGACCUUCAUUAAAAAGAAGUCCUCUGCAGACAAUGCAGAAUUCAAGGUCCUUCAUAUAAGUCAGGUCUUCUUCAGGUCCUGGGAAAUGAUGCCAUUGAUCAUGGAACUGCAACGCUUCAUGAUUUUCCUGAUGUUCUUCCCAGCAUACAUUUCCUCACAGAUUACCCUUACUGAGUCUGGAGGUGGCGUGAAAAGACCAGGAGACACAUUGCGACUGACCUGUGCGGUGUCUGGAUUUUCUUUAACAAGCUAUGGAGUACACUGGAGCCGUCAGCCACUUGGAAAGGGACUGGAGUGGGCUGGAGUUAUCUGGAGUGGUGGAAGCACUAACUAUAACAGUGCCCUCCAAAACCGGAUCACCAUCACAAGAGACACCUCAAAAAACCAGGUUUUCAUGCAACUGACUGGCCUGAAGCCUGAAGACUCUGCCAUGUAUUACUGUUCAAGGGACACAUUCUUCUUCAGGGCCUGGGAGAUGAUGCCAUUGAACAUGGAACUGCAACCCUUGAUGAUUUUCCUAAUGUUAUUCCCAGCAUACAUUUCCUCACAGAUUACCCUUACUGAGUCUGGAGGUGGCGUGAAAAGACCAGGAGAGACAUUGCAACUGACCUGUACAGUGUCUGGGUUUUCUUUAACAAGCUAUGAAGUACACUGGACUCGUCAGCCACUAGGAAAGGGACUGCAGUGGGCUGGAGUUAUCUGGAAUGAUGGAAGCACUAACUAUAACAGUGGCCUCCAAAACCGGAUCACCAUCACAAGAGACACCUCAAAAAACCAGGUGUUCCUGCGACUAACUAGCCUGAAGCCUGAAGAUUCUGCAAUGUAUUACUGUUCAAGGGACACAGUGAGCAAAAUGUUCUAA